ACAAACAGGCCUUUUUUAGCGUGGAUAAAAACGGUCAGUUGCCAUUUAACUUGCACUGACUCUAACCACUCUUUGUCUUUUGCUGUGUUAGAUGUGUGUCGGUGUGCGUUGCGCGGUGUAGCAGCGGGAUGAGCAGGCUCUCCGUGCUGCCCCACAGCGCCGUGUGAUUGGACGGUCCCUCCGGUCGUUACCAGGGGCGUGGAGCCAAGCGAACUGAAUGGGAAACACAUUUGUGUGCCUCGCCGGUGCACACCAAGCUAAUGGGGGAGAGACGAUGAAAUGCGAAAACAGCUGUCCGUGCAAGUUAACUGCCGAGGUGACUACGGGGAAACAGAAAACCCCCGUGUCUUGAAGCGACCCGUUCAUCGCGGCGCUCCGCAUACAGCGGCCGCGGAGAGAGUCGCAUCGGGAGCUGCAGCCGAACCGAAGGGAUGCGAGGACUUGAAAAGGAGAUAAAUACAACACAUUAGUCUUUAAUUGUCCUUAAUAUGAGGUCUGCGUUGAGCUAGCAGAGCCUGCAUUCCACCUGGGUGUUGUUCGCGGUCGUUGGGGAGGCUGCUGUGCGUGAAAAUGGGGAUAAUAUGCAGAUAGGGCGUUUUAAAGUCCACCUUUUGUCGUGGACAGUUGGCGCACGUUAGCGAGGUUUUCUCUGGUAUCGGACCUGGCAGGUUGGACUCGCUAGCGUCAGUUUAGCCGAGCUUGUAUGGUCGUGUUUUCUUCGCUUUUUGAGGACAAAAAGAGCUCUCGUAUAUCGGAUGAAAUCUCGUCCAUGUCUCCAUCCCAGUGCUGAUAAGGGCCUCUGCUGGCAAACUGCGUCACCGAGUGGGCGCUGCAGGUAUUCAACUGUACAUCUGCGUGUUGGGAAGUCUAGCCAUGGCACGAAUGACCUGGAAACCAAAGUGACUGAACUUUUAAAUCACCAUGGAGCCGGGGUCUAAUUCAACCUCCGAGGCUCACCAGGAGCCGAAAUAUCCGUCUGUGCCCAACUCUCAGCGUGAACUGGCCGUGAGCAUGUAUGAGGCCUUGGGUGAUGGAAAUGUCAAUCUUGUGGACUCAGUUGUAAGAGGUGGGAGUGACCCCAGCGCAUACCCUUCCUCUAGUUAUCAGAGGAAUGUGCGUCAAAGAUUCAUCAGAAGAAGUCUGUGGUUUUCAGACACAGAUGAGCAGGCCUUUGAAGCACCCGAAUGCAAUAACAGGAGCAAGGUUGUAAACAUAAACCUGCGAACAAUCGUGGACAGGACACGGGGGACUAGUUGUGGGAUACAGGAGGGUUCCAGCACUGAAAGUCAAGCUGGGCACAAAGACAGCGCAACGGAGAGCGCCAGUGCUGAUGAGGACAAGGAGAAAGGAGGAGAUGCAUUAAAUGUGACAUGCAGUGAUGGUGGUAAAACUGCUAUCAAGGCAGCAAGUGAGGAGAACGAGGAGGAAGCAGAGAUGAAAGCAGUCUCCACAUCUCCCGGAGGAAGGUUCCUGAAAUUUGACAUCGAGCUGGGAAGAGGGUCCUUCAAGACGGUCUACAAAGGCCUGGAUACUGAGACCUGGGUGGAGGUGGCCUGGUGUGAGCUGCAGGACCGUAAGCUGUCAAAAGUGGAACGCCAGCGCUUUAAAGAGGAGGCAGAAAUGUUAAAGGGUCUUCAACAUCCCAACAUUGUCCGUUUCUAUGAUUUCUGGGAGUCGCCUCUUAAAGGAAAGAAGUGCAUUGUUUUAGUAACAGAGCUCAUGACUUCAGGAACGCUAAAAACCUAUUUGAAGCGUUUUAAGGUAAUGAAGCCCAAAGUGUUGAGGAGCUGGUGCAGACAGAUCCUGAAAGGCCUCCACUUUCUCCAUACCAGGACACCCCCCAUCAUCCAUAGAGAUCUCAAAUGUGAUAACAUCUUUAUUACUGGACCUACAGGAUCAGUGAAGAUAGGGGAUUUAGGACUGGCAACGCUCAAGGCAGCUUCCUUUGCGAAGAGCGUCAUAGGUACUCCAGAGUUCAUGGCUCCAGAGAUGUACGAGGAGCACUAUGAUGAGGCUGUGGAUGUCUACGCCUUUGGCAUGUGUAUGCUCGAGAUGGCCACCUCAGAGUAUCCCUACUCUGAGUGUCAGAAUGCUGCUCAGAUUUAUCGCAAAGUUACUAGUGGGGUGAAGCCAGCCAGCUACAACAAGGUCGUGGAUCCUGAAAUCAAGGAGAUCAUUGGGGAGUGUAUCUGCCAAAAGAAAGAGGAGCGGUACACCAUCAAGGACCUCUUGAACCAUGCUUUCUUUGCUGAGGACACGGGUGUGAGGGUGGAACUAGCGGAGGAGGAUGAUGGGGAAAAGGCCUCAAUAGCUCUCAAACUAUGGGUAGAGGACCACAAGAAGUUAAAAGGGAAGUACAAAGAGAGUGGAGCUAUUGAGUUCACGUUUGACCUGGAGAAGGAGGUCCCUGAGGUUGUGGCACAAGAAAUGGUGGAGUCUGGCUUCUUCCACGAGAGUGAUGCAAAAACUGUGGGAAAGUCGAUCAGGGAUCGUGUGGCACUGAUCAAAUGGAGAAGAGAGAGAACAGCGUCUGCUGCAGUUCCAAUGAAUCAGGGUGAUGGAGGACACAGGCUCCAGAUGACACCAUCUCAGGGUACCACUGCUGGGGCUCCACAUAUAGGACAGCCCCUUCUGCUGGAACCAGAAGAGCCAGAGGCAGACCAGCACAACAGGCUGCAUAAACUACCAGCCAGUGCCACCUCAGUGACAUCAGACGGCACACUUGAUAGUGGCAUGGGCUCCACUGUGUACUCAGACUCCCACAGCAGCCAGCAGAGUGUCCUCUACCAGUCCCUGCUGGAGCCUAUUACUAUGGCAACACAGCAGUGCCAGAGCAGUAGCCCUUAUCUGACAGAUCGACCUCACUCCUGUGGAAAGAGUGAAUUGCGGGGGACAGCAUUGAGUCCAGAGCUCAGGACUCAAUUGGGAGCUGCAGGCCGGAGGGGAAGUGCCCCUGUUAUUGACACUCAAAGGGCAAACCACAUUGCUCAACUCCAUGCCCUCAUUCAGUCUCAGAGAUCAAUUAGUCCCACCCCCACGGUACCAGAGAACCAGUUGGAACUCAGCCCUGCUGAGCUUCACUCAGAGGCUAAGGAUGGGUUUCCCACCCAGGCUGCUCUGCCAGUGCUAAAAGUCACUCCUGUCUUGUCACCUUCUGAGUAUCGACGCCUUAGCGAUACCAGCAUCAGCUCGCCAUCAGAGGCCAUCAGUGAGAACUUAACCUUGCCUGCGGCAGGUGGACGCAGACACUCUGACCUGGGUAGUCUUUUGAGCCUAACUUCUCAUCAUAAUCACCAUUUGACAAUGCAUAGAGGUACCAUGUGCCAGGCCUGCCUCUCUUUGCUUCUGUUGAAAUCACAAGAUGGGAGCCAUCGCCGGUAUUCCAUUGUCACACCAACACACCACUGUCCUUGUGACUUUAGACACCAUCCAAAAGGACACCCAAAAGUUUCAAAUGACUAUUCAAAUUUCUCACUGCUGCAGCAGUCCCUGUUUAAUAUAAUCGGCCGCAAGGCAGCCCCUUGUCACACUACACCCACCCAAACCUCAAUGCUGCCCUCCUCAGCUACCCACAGACUUGCCGGCAGCAAUGAUAUCUGUGGCCUUAAGAGUCCUGUCCAGUUUUGCAGUUUGGUUGGGGACCAAGAACCUCUCCAGGAGUGUGAGGACAAAUACUGUGCCGCAGAGCAGCAAGUUACCAGGGCUGUGGGAGUGGCCAGUUCUGUAGGUCACCAGAAUCAACCCUCUCUCCAGGGGCUGCCCUCCUCCAGCACAGCAGUGAACACACCACCGCAGUACCUCCAACCUGGGCACAGCUACCCUGCUGCUCCAUAUGCUGGUCAACCCAGUGCUGCAACACCAGCUCCAGCCAGUCUAUGUUCAGUCAACAUCCAGCAUGCAGCCAGUGCUUCUAGCUACACACCUCAAAGUGUGCAGCAAACCCAAGCUGCAGCAGGUAUUGCAGCAUCAGCUAUGCCACAACAUGUGGCACAGAGCUACCAAACACCAGGCCAGCAACAGGCAGCAACUACAAGCUCUUUGACUUAUCCUUUGCAAAUCCAGCAAACUUGCCAAAACUCUGUGGCCCCAGCUCAAGAAGAGGCUCUGUCUGCAUCAGGAUAUCGUGCAUCAGUCAAACAACAGAAUGCAGCGAACACCCUGCCAGCCCAGCAGCCAGCACAAAGCUGCCCUCUUGCAUCUGUAACUCCAAUUAUGGCAGCCACAGUUCAGUGUCAACCUGCACAAGCUCCCAGCGCACUGCAGCAGGUCCAAGCCACAGUCAAACUGCCCAGUCAGCAGCCUGGUCAAAGCUCCUCCACACCAGCACUUUACAGUCAGCAAAUGUCCAUUCAGCAAGAGCACCAACAGCCCUUACAACAAAAUACACAAUCCAGUGUCCAACAUGUGCAAAAUGCCGGUCAUGCGUAUAUUCAGCCUCAACUCCAGCAUUGCCAAGAAACCAUGCAUACCAUACACCAACAAAUGGCACAACAGCCUACCCUCCAGUCUCAAAGUUUUCAUUGUUCUACACAGCAACAAGUACAAACCCCACCACUACAGCAGCACAGUCAAACAGCCAUGCAGACAGUGAUUCCACAACAGAGUCAGGAUGUAUCUCAGUAUCAGCCCCAUCCCACAGCCACCCAAGCUGCAGCCAAACAUCAGAGUUACCCUGCUGCAGGUGCACCAGAUGCUGUCUCUCAGAGCCAUGCGCAGUCUGCCCACCAUCAGAAUGCUCCAAGUCAGAGUCAGUACCUAACUGCACAGUCUGUUGCUGCCCCAGAGAAUUAUGGAGGAGCUAACCGGGUAGUGACUCAUCAGAACCUUCCCAAUUCUUCCCAGCAAAGCCAGGCUGCACAUACUACCCAACAGAAUAUACCUUCUGGUCAGAUCAUUUCACAGCAUAGACAAGAUGGACAGGGCCAUGGGCAGAAUAUCAGCCAGUCAGCUUCCAGUGUUCCAGAACAGGCCCUUCUUCCUCAACAGUUACUGAAUCAGACAACUGUCCACCAACAACUGCAACCGCUGCAGAUUUCAACCUCACUCCCACCAUCACACAAGUCCCAGUUUCCUUCACAGUAUCCCACAGUCCAGGUUCCUCAGCAGGCCCAGACCAGUCAUCCUGAGCUUGUCUCCUGUACUCAACCAGUCCAGCCUGCUCAGCUCACACAACCUGCAACCUUUUCCUCACCUGUGCUCAACGGGACAGACCUGGGCACAGGCACAACGGCUUCCCAGCUGGACAACAAAAGCCCGUGCCAGCUGCCCCCACAGGCCCAACCCCAGAGUCGGGUUCAAAGCCAAAUUCCUGUGCUGCAGUCCUCUGAUUCUCAGAGAACAUCAUCUGGGUCUGCCAGUUCCAGUUUGACUCAGCAGAAACCACUCAGUACUCAUACAGGAGCUGCUGGUCAGGCUCCAACAGAGAUGAACACUGAGGAUCAAGGUGCAGAGAAACACACUGGAGGACAAAGCUAUGACAGUGUCAACUCUGAUGCCACAUCAGGAAAGGAGAUGAGUGAUGGUUAUGAAGGGACACAUGGAGGUAAAGGUGACAGCAAAGUCCGCAAACAUCAUCGCAGAUCCACACGCACUCGUUCUCGGCAAGAGAAGAUUAACAGACCAAAGCUUAGCAUGCUCAAUGUGUGUAACACUGGGGAUAAGAUGGUAGAGUGUCAGCUGGAAACUCAUAACCAUAAAAUGGUCACUUUCAAAUUUGACCUGGAUGGAGAUGCACCCGAAGAGAUUGCUACAUACAUGGUUGAGAAUGAUUUCAUUCUGCCUCUGGAGAAAGAAGUCUUCAUUGAGCAACUGAAAGACAUUGUAGACAAGGCUGAGGACAUGCUGAGUGAGGACACAGAGGGUGAGAGGAACUCUGACCAGGGUUGCAGCCCCAAACAGAGUGAAGGAGCUGGUAUAUUGGGAACAGAGGCUUCUGCUCCCAGCACCCCACAGCUUGUGUACCAACAAAAUGUCCUCCACACUGGCAAGCGCUGGUUUAUCAUCUGCCCUGUGGCUGAAACACCUAUGCCUGACAAAGAGAAUACUACAUCACACUCCUCUGCAACCCAGGAAUCUGAAAAGUCUGGCUCAUUGUCAGUCAGGCCCAACAGCAACACAGCUGCAGUGACUACCCCAGUCGCAUCUUUAUCUUCUCAAAGCCCGUCCUCUUCUCUGCCCACUGCAGCUCAGACUUCAGUGCAGCCUUCGGACCAAAUCACUGGCAAACCCCGGGUCCAGCAGACCCAGCCCUGUGUAAAUAAACAUGCCCAUGCUGCUGGUGGCAUGAGCCAUCAAAACUCCCUUCCUGUGGAAGAACCUUGCAUUUCUGCUGUCUCUAUGGUCACAGAUAUGCCAUGCUGCGCUAUUGUGCCACCUGUCUCUCUGGAUGUGAAUGCCUUUGAUAAAGUAGCAGCUGGUGGUUUGGUCUCAUCUCAGACUAAUCAACCAGUUCAAAAGGCCAGCCCAACUGGAGAACUACCCCCACAGCUGGCCUCCCAUCAGUCUGUGGUCCUGCAGCAACCCUAUGCCACACCCAUGCAGCCUGGGGCAGUGACCUCCCAGCCCCAGAGUCCAGCACAUCAGACCUCGCAGAACUCCCAGUCGUCCAGCCAACAGCAGAGUGGGGGGCCAGGAGAGUCGGACAGUGAGGGGCCACGCAGGGUGGAGUUUGUUGACCGCACCAUCAAGACCUUGGAUGAGAAGCUGAGAAACCUGUUAUACCAAGAGCACACUCCCUCCCAACCCUCCAGCACUACAUCUGAGCCCCAGGCUUCCAGCACAGAAGGAGUCGGCUCCCCUCCAGUCUCAGACGGCCAGAGCACUGAGGGACCACUUACAAAGAAGAAGGGGGAACCACUGCCUCAGAUUCCUGAGCGCACAGAUAGUGUGGGUGCAUUAAGUGACUCUGCAGUGGCAGCCACAAACAGGGGUUUGAACAAAAGAGAUGUGACGGCUGGCUCCAGUUCAUAUAGCUCCAAAAGCCGUUUUCAAAUCAUCCCAACUCCACCAGAUGUCAUUUGUCGUUUGGAGAAAAGCAAGACAAGCUGCAGCACCUGCAGUUCCCCAGCACCCUCUAGUGGUUCUGGAGGUUCUUACAGCCAGACCCAGAGCACAAGUCUGACAGAAAAGGGCUGUGCAGCUGUGCGCACUUCCUCUGUGACAGCUGGAGCCGACGAUGAGAACGCAGGAACAUCCAAAUCUCACAAUAGUAACCGUUACUCAGCCCCACCAAACUUCUACCAGGCUACACCCACUUCUAGUCCUGAUGCCACCCCACGUCAUAUCCCCCGGGCUCAGACCAUUGACACUUCGACCCAUCACCACUAUCACCACUCGCCUCACCUCUACUCUGACUCAGCAGAUGAGGACAGCAGCAGCAUAGCCCCUCCUCCAGCUCACCCUGCUCCCCCAGCUCACACCCUGUCUGAGCACAGUGGAAGUGACCUCAUGAAGAGGGCGGUUGCCUUCUUACGCAGGUCUGGUAGGAGCAAAAGUGAGCAGAGCUCUGAUUCACCAAGCCGACAACCGGUGGCAAUGAAUGGUCACACUCCUUCUCCUUCUGCUGGACAUGCCCACUCAUCCUACAUCAGUAGUGACAAUGACUCAGAGUUUGAGGAUGCAGAUAUGAGGAAAGAACUGCAGAAACUUCGGGAAAAACACAUGAAGGAGAUUUCUGAGCUGCAGGCAUUCCAGAGGAGUGAGAUUGAGAGUCUGUACAAGGAUCUGGGAAAAACUCUGCCACCCAAUGUCAGCCUUCUACAUGCUGCACCCCCAACUGGUCGUAGGCGCAGGGCCAGCAAACACAAGCUGAAAGCUGGAAAACUGCUCAAUCCGAUGGUGCAGCAGCUCAAAAACAACCUCAACGCCACCAGCAUUGAGAGGAAAGGUGAUAGCGGUGCCAGUUCAUCCGGCUCCCCGGCUAAAAGCUCAGUACUGUCAGAUGGCUCUGCCCACUCCAGUGGCAGCUCCAGCUCUGGCAAUCAGCUUAGCACCGCCCCAGAGCAGGUCCACACUCAGCAACCCUGUUCCUUGAAAGGCUCUUUCUCCUCAGACAACAUCUAUGCUGGGCUUCAUGGUGAUGGAAUGACCAACCAAGCUGGCCCUGGCCAAGGCUGGACGGUUUACCACCAAACGUCAGAGAGAGUCACCUAUAAAUCUAGUAGCAAACCACGCACUAGAUUCCUCAGUGGACCUGUGUCUCUGUCCAUCUGGUCCACUCUGAAACGACUAUGUCUAGGCAAAGAGCGCAGUAGUAGGUCCUCUCUCAACACCACCACAGCCCAGACAGCCUCCAGUCAGACACAGCCGUCACUCACAGCUGCCACACCCUCACCCUCCCCUCAACCAAUCACACGGCUCGCUCAGGUCCAGACCAACAACAGCAACAACAAGAGAGGCACGUUCACGGACGAUCUUCACAAACUGGUGGAUGACUGGACAAAGGAGACAGUAGCGGCAGCGAGUCAGCCACGACCCUCCCUGAACCAGAUGAAACAGCAGAGACGCCAGCAGGACCUGGAAGGCAGACCGCCACCUAUGGGAGCAGUUCCACGUGAGAUGAAAUGCCAUGUUGGUCCCAGCAAGUUCCAGCUGCCACUUUCAUGCCCCCUGACUGCUGCUUUAGGCCCUGGUAUGCCUGCAUCUCUAGCUCCAAAGUCCUCCACAAUGCUCUCUCCUGGUUACCUUCUGCCAGUAGGCUCCUAUGGUGGAAUGGUUCCUGGUCCUCUUUAUGCCCAGCAGUGGACUGGCAUGCCUAGUCCUGUAGGGUCUGCGGUUCCAGUAGGCUUGCUUGGUGCUGCGCGAAUGAUGCCCUAUGCUACAGUGGCAAACCCAGGGAUUCAAGCCUACCCUCUGGUCAUGCACAACCCCGAGAACGGCCCCUGUUCAAAAACCAGGAGGACUACCUGAUCUGCUAAGUGAAGUUCGUUAGUGUGUGCGUGCAGGACAGUCCAACUCUGCUCUGUUCAUCAGAGCCACACAUGUAUAUAGUCUGGUCUUGUAAAUAACAUGACGCAAGUGUUGAUAUCCUUUAUACACUGCAUAUAUCUGUAGUAAAUUGUGUGUGUGUACGUAUGAGCGUAUACUAUACAGUACAUGUUAAGUGAGUAUGUCUGAAUGCCUAACGCUUUUUGGCUUUGGUCUUAACAGCCAUACGAGACAUUUUAUCUGCGGUCACAAAAAACAUAUUUCACUUUAUUCUUCAUUACAGCAGUUUUCACAUUGCUUUUGCCUUUCUGUUUUGCAUAUACUUUCUAAACACUACAUUGGAAUCCAAAUACCAGUGGCUUGAGACGCAGUAACUGGACAGUAUUUAUGAUGAAAAUGUUUGAAGGAAUGUAGUGCCUUGAACAUUGAUUUUAUUAUUUUUUUUAAACAAAGCAUGUCUGCAUCCAAGUUAUUUUAUUUGACGGUAGCUUGAGUGCAGUCAUUUUUUUAAAAAUGCAUUGCAGACAACUUUGUUUUUUGGUUUACAUAUGAAUGCCCUUGUAGUACUGCACUAUUAACACAGUAUAUAGUCUUAUUUAAAUCCUGUUUUAACUCUUGUUUACUUUCCACCCCUGUGACAGAUGGAAUGCCAUAGUGGUGAGAUGUACCGAUGCCUUGCAGAAACAAAUGGUUAAUGUACGACUGAUGAGGGAAGGAAAAAAAAAACGCCAGCAGCCAAAAUCCACUCAUUCAGGUCAAAUGGUUCAGCUGGACACGGCCUCUUUUUGAUAGGACAACGGAUGCGUAGCACAGCAUGAGAGCUGUUAGUGUUGUAGCCUUGUGCUUAGAGGAAAGGCAGUGUCCAGAGCCAUAAAUACUGUACAUAGCUCUUUCUACAGUAUAUGCCUCUGGUAGUGUUCUGAUCAGAAUGUAGCAAUUAAUAGGUGAAGGCUUGAGGCUCAAAAGUGCAAUUCAACCCCUCCACAAAGCUUUGAUCGUGGCCUUGCCACAAGCCUUAUCUCUGAUGUGUGUAACAGGAGCAAGCUGAGAAGUUGAACAAAGUUACAAAUCACAAAGCACCAGACAGUAAUUACCAGGAAAAGUAUAAAUGUUACAAACCACCCAGCAAACUCUGAAUUCACUAUUGCUAAAUGUUCUUUCAACUUGGCUCGUACUCAGCAUACACUGUAUGUAAAAUGUUCUGUGCAAUCACCAGUUCAGGCUGACGUUUUAACUUAUUCGAUGUGUAAAGCUUGACUUUUUUUUUUUUUUUUUUUUUUUGAAUGCUGCUAUUUUGUCAAGGUGAUUCCACUGUAUAGUCAAGCAUUCUGCUCACAUAAGAUGGUUCUUCAAAGCAAGAGUCCUCAAAUUAAAUUAACAAACGAAAUGCUCACAAAGCAGUGUUAUUGCCUUGUUAAAAUUUUGAUGUCUUGAUUUCACAGGUCGUUUUUAAAGACAGCCUUUUUUUCAUUUUCUUUUCAAUAAUAUAUUGCAAAAUUUAAAUGAUACUUGAUGUGGGAGAUUUGCACAACAUAUGGUCUCCCUUUAUUCUAUGUUAGAGUUCCUACACUGUAUAUAAUGGGUUUCACCCGCCUGUACUUUUUUAUCACUGACAAGCAUGGCCAACUUUUCAUGUUCCACGAAGCAAAGAUAAACAAUACAGCUACUAUGGUUAGAAACCUCACAUGUCCACAACCCAUUUGAAAGAUUUCAGCACCCCAAUCCUGCCAAGCUGUGAACUGUACAGUUUUCUUGUGGUUUGUAUUUGUACAUUUUGUUUGUUUGACUGUUGAGGGGUGGCGGUGGAGGAGGGGUUGCUUUGAUGUAUAUUAUUCCAUCAAUUCGGUUUGAAUUGGACUUUUAUAGGAUAUUAUGCAGAGUCUUCUGCUUUGGUGAAAUACUUCCAGUAGUAAGAGAUUUCUGUUCUCUGUCACUUGUAUCUGGUAUGUUUUGUUCCACCUCCCUCGCUGCUAACACAUGGAGAGCAGAGGAGGGAACAACUAUAGCUGGCAUAUUCAUUUGGAUGCAGUGCUCAAACUAGAGAUCUAAAGCGCGAGGAGGAGGAGGAGGAGGAGGAGGAGAAGGAGGAGUGCUGACUUCUUUUCCUAUGCUAGUCUGUCUUCUCUCUGGACAACAUUGCCCCCUGGUGAAUAUGCUCUGAUUGUCAAAGGCUUGUAUUCAAACUGUGUGGGAUUGCUUUUGCCUGCUCUAUGUCCCACUGCAUUACCCCACCCUAUCCUGCUGCACUCUUAUCACAGACUGUAUGUUGAGAGAGAAAUAAAUAUUAUUUUGUGCUUGA